ACAGUUUCUCAUGUGCUGCACCGAACCUGCUUACCCAUCUGCUACUCGUUUCUUUCUAAACCCCUGGCUUUCCUUCAUGCUACUCAAGAGCUCAUUUUUUAAUGACACUGACAUCCUUACUACCAUCCUCAUAUUAAUGCCCCUUAUAGUCCUUGGUCCUUGCCCUUCAUCCUGUUCUUGGUUUUCAAAAUUCAAUUCACUGACGAUUUUGUUUGCUAAAACACAAGCUUCUUUUCCUCUAUAAAACGCCAUGCUUCUGCUCUGCUUGUCUCAUCAAAUCUAAACAUUGGUAGGCGGCAUGCUUCAUUUUUUUUUGGUGGGUGUCUUUUGUUCCAUCUAAUUUCUGUGCAAUACUCUAAGCAGUUGCAUUUCUUCGCCAAUGUUACUUUCAUUUUUUUGUCGCUGUAGUUUCUUUUACUGUAAAUAGUCUUAGGUUUCUUCAUUCUCCUAACUCCAUGUCUUCUUCUUCUUCUCUUUAUCAGUGACCUGAGGUCUGACGCUCACGUAUGGAUUCGAGCAGAGUCUUGUCGAUUCUUGUUUGCUUGUACUUUUGUACAGGUUGCCAUGGAAGCAGUUCGGAUAUACUGGUUACAUUUCAGAAGGCUCCUUCGGCCCUAACUUCUUCAACUUCAGCUACAUUUGCUUUUGAUGUUUCAUGGGGGAAUGGUGCAGGGUCUUGCGCCAAUUGUAGCAUCAAAUGCAAGAUUGAUGAUCAAAGUACUACAGACUGCAAAGAGAAGAUUGUCUCUUAUUCUAAUUUGGGACAUGGAGAGCAUAAAUUUGAGAUCUGCAUCAAUAGAUCGGAGCAAGGCUCCUGUUCAAGCUACACAUGGAGUGUUGAUACGGUUCACCCUACUGCAUCAAUUUCAGCUUCAACCUCCUUUACUAGUGCAUUAAAUUUACCAGUCGUGGUCACCUUCAAUAAGCCAUGCCUGGGAGGAGGUGGAUUUACUUGCUCUUCGAUUAAUGCUUGUGACCUUCUAGUUUAUGGUCCUGCACAAGUUAUACCGACCACACUUGAGGUUCUCCAGACAGAUACGAAGUUCUCAAUUCUUGUGAGUUUUUACCCAAAUGUUCAAUAUGGAAGGGUAAUAUUAGCAAUGCGAAGAGGUUUUUGCACGGAUGUUGCUGGCAAUAGGUUCCUCAGAACAUCAAAUUCAACGUAUCAUCUGCAUUUUGACCGGAGAAAAGUAUAUGCUAAUUUGACUGCACACGUCACUACAAAGCUGUUUCAAUUGAACGCAAAGACGAGGAUGGUAGAUGUCUCCAACAAUAGUAGCAACUUGAAGAUCUAUUUGAAUUUCUCUGCGCCUGUUCUAAAUUCAUCUGCUGAAAUUUUAAGUGCUCUACAUAUUAGUACCGGCGUCCUCGUCCCCAUUUCGGGAAAAUCCCAUGGCGGCCGUCGUUUUCGUUUUAAGGUCAAUAAUAUAUCAGCCAUUGCUGUUGUUACCAUAACUCUGCAAAGACAUGCUAUAGUUAGUCGACAGGGGACUUCGGUUUCUCCAACUGAGCCCUUCACAUUUUUGUGUGAUUCUCAAAGGCCAACAGUGAGAUUAACCACUGCAUCCAAUGCAAGAACCAAAGACAAACGUUUGCCAGUUUUGAUAAAAUUCUCGGAGCCAGUUUUUGACUUUAAUGCUUCUGCUGUUUCAGUUUCAGGAGGGCAUUUGCUAAGAUUUAAUAUAAUCAGCUGGAGCUUGUACAGUAUAGACAUACAUGCAGAUGCAUCCAUCAUGAGAGUGGAGAUUCCUGAAAGUAUAACUGGGGAUGUAGCAGGAAACAAGAAUCUAGCAUCAAAUCUUCUGCAGGUCAUGCAUUGCCUUUAUUCUUUUGGAGCAUUUUCAAAACCUUUGCCACCACAUAUUUCAGAUCCAUCAAGAAAUUUAAUAAGAACUGCUUGCCACAUUCAGGUGUUUGCACUAUCAAAAUUUCUACCAGUUAGCUUACCUGUCGAAUAUUAUGAAUUAGUUAGAGGUUUACAAUGGAGUAUUCCAUACCUUAUUCUACCCUGGGAAACAGAACACAACAACAGUGAGCUAACCUCUGUUGUUAUGCCACUUACAAAACUUUGUGAAAGAAGACUACAGAGUUUGCCCAACAUAAAAAGUAAUUCAAUGAAAGCAGGAGCAUUGGCAAAGAGACUUUCACCAAUGGAAUAUGCAUCACUUUUUGAGAGGCAGAACAUGAUACCUGAAGCAGAGUAUUUCAUGGGUGGAAGGACUUCCUUAGGGUGGAAGGAAUUCAGGAGGAAUAUGUUCUGGUUGGCUGUAAUAGGAGGCUGCUUAAUGUUACUCCAUGCGUCAAUGCUUUUUAUUCUUAAGUUGAAGAGGAGAAACUUAAAGGUUAAGUUUAAGAGUUACGGAGCAGUUGUGCCACCGAGGUUUGAGUUCUUCUUGAUAAUUCUCUCAUUGCCUUGUAUCUGUCAGGCUGCUGUCUCCCUUAUAAAAGGGGGAUCAGCUCUGGGUACCAUUGUUAGCGCUCUGCUGCUUGGUUUCUCAUCACUUUGUGCACUAUCCAUGCUAUUAUUCGUCACAGUAGGAAUUACCAUGGGUAAGCUACUUCAAUAUAAGGAAAUCCAUCAAGAAGAUGAAAAUCUCCAUUGGCUUCAAAAACCUUUAAGGGCUGUCCUGGGCCCUUCUAAACAUGGACAAUGGACGUGGAAGAACAAACCAGACUCGGUGCAACUAGCAAUGCUUGGUCCUUUCUUUGAAGAUAUGAGGGGCCCACCCAGAUACAUGAUUUCUCAGAUUGGAAGAGAAACCUCAAGUCAGGGAGAGCAGAUUAUUGCUUCUGAUGAUGAGACUGAAGAAGUAGAAGCGCCUUUUACACAAAAACUCUUUGGAAUCCUCAGAACGUACUACCUUUUGCUUGAAUCAAUUCGACGGAUUUCGUUUGGCAUAAUUGCUGGUGCUUAUUCUAGUCAUACUGCAUGUAAAUUUCCUGUUUUCUUCAUCUUCUGCAUUACAAUCUUUCAGCUUCUUUUCAUAGUUCUGAAGAAGCCUUUUAUCCAAAAAAUGGUGCAGUUUGUAGAGGUUGUCACUGUCACCACUGAAGCAGGAGUUUUUGCAGCAUGCAUUAUUCUCUUAGACAGAAAUUCUACUGUUGCAAAUGACGGGCUUCUUGGUACCUUUAUGAUAGUCACGUUUGCAAUUGGUUUCAUCUCACAGAUGAUCAACGAGUGGCAUGCUUUGAGAAAGCAGGUCUUAGGGUUGAGCGUUGAUGGUCGCUCUUUCUCGAAUGGACUAAAGGCAGUUUACACUGGGUGGCUGCUGAUUCUCAUUCCAUGGAAGCUGUUAGCAAAAUGGGAUAGUACAUUAUUUACCAAUCACAGGAAUGGUGAAAAUGAAGGUGCUGGUUCUUGUCAUCAGAUGAAGAUUCCCGAAAUCGCUGUCUCUGGAGGGACCCCAGUGAGAGAAUCAGGAAGCCCAAGUUCAUUGGAGCAGCCAUGGAUGAAGCAACUGAGGGAGAUGGCAAGAGCCAGCUUUAGUAGAGAAGGAAAUGCACAAGCUAGUCCUUCUACCAGUGGAUAUCGGAGAAACUUGAGAAGUCAUUGUAGCACAGAAGCAUACAGGGACCUUGAAGCUGUUUUCUCUACGUCUAGGUGAUGAGCAGUCUAAGAGUGCUUUGCAAGCCAAGCUGUGGGAAUCUGAGAGACUUCAUAAGUCAACUCUAACACAGGAUUAUACAUGCUGUUUUCUCUUCUACAUUUAGGUGACAUACAGUCCAUGUACGCUAUCAUGGAUAUAUGCAAUCCUGACCGAUUCAACCUUCAAUUCAGCAUAUAGGGAUGCACUGCAAGCUAGUUCUAUGAGUGGGAAUCAGAGAAACUUGAGAAGCCACUGUAACACAGGAUUAUACAGGGACGUAACUUGAGAAGUCACUGUAACACAGGAUUAUUUUGGGACAUUGCUUUUUUGUCUUUGACAUCUAGGUGUUGCACGGUCUUACUCAAAGAUGUCAUGCAAUCCUGACAGAUUGAACGUUUGUCUCAGCAUCUUGGAGUUAGAAUCUGAAAGAGUUUUGCUGGAAUUCUGAUAUGAAUGGAAAGGAUAGCAACUGUUUUGGAUGAUUAGGUGCCUGUAUACUGCUUCAUGUUGUGGUUCAUAUCGACAAAAUGAAGCCUUCCUCAAGAAAAAUGGAACGAUUGUUUUUCUUUGAUGCAUUCAUAAUGGAAAAUGCCAUUUUUAAUGACAAGGACGGUUGAGUUUAUGUUGA